AUAGGCAGGCAACGCGACGGAUAGUAAGACACGGAAACCUGCACCGAACAAAACUGGAAGCACCUACAGUUGUCCGUGGACAACCUGGGUAUCUCCGAAUCCCUUCGGAACAGCAUCAUGGACGUCGCCGAUAAACGUGAAAAGCUUGACUGACAUGUGUAGGUGGUUGUUGGAGAAAAGGCCUAAAAUACCUGGAACACGGGCAAGCAACGCGACGGAUAGUAAGACAUGGAAACCUCUACCGAACAAAACAGGAAGCACCUACAGUUGUCCGUGGACAGACUGGGUAUCUCCGAAUCCACUCAGAGCAUCAUCAGGGACGUCGCCGAUAAACGUGAAAAGCUUGAAUGACAUGAGUAAAUGGUUGAGGGAGAAAAGGCCUAAAAUACCUGGAACACAGGAGCUGGACCGGCGACUACCGAUACUGCCGAUCAACGUCAAUGCCGUACUUCAGCCCACAGAUGGCGUUAGGGUCACUUGGAUCGGCCACGCGACAAGUCUAGUCCAGUUCGACGGGAUCAAUCUACUCACGGAUCCCAUGUUCUCGAGGGUAGCUGAGCCGACACAGUACAUGGGGCCACUGCGCUAUCGCCUGGUCCCUCCCAAUCUGUCCAACCUCUUCGAUGAAAUGAAAAUCCACGCUGUGUUGAUAAGCCACAAUCAUUAUGAUCAUUUGGAUUACAAAAGCGUAACUGAUUUGAAUAGACGAUUCCCGGAAGCCUGUUGUUACAGUCGUCGCCAGCACAUCAAACCAGAAGAAGCCGUAAAUAUUCACAUGGAUAUCAGAGCAAAGCAGUCGGUCGCAAUCCACUGGUGUACCUUUAAUUUGAGCAACAGGGAGUACUACCAGCUGGUGAAGGACUUGUACGAGGCUCGCGAUAACAAACUGGCCGACCCGACGUCGUUCAUCGAGUUGAAACACGGAGAGACGAAAACUUUCCUGUCCGGAGCAUCGGGAAGAAAUCCGGACCUUCUCCUCACUGCGCAUACGCCGACAGAAGGCAAACAGAUACCCCGACGAAUGGCGUCCCCUCGCUGAAGAGUUAGUUCGUUAAUGAGCGAAUUGUCUAUUCCGCUCUGUGAAGGUUUAAUAAGCGAAUCCCGUCCCCUCUCUGAAGCGAUAAUUAUAUAUAACGAGCGAAUCGUCUUGUCACGCCGUCAACUUAAGCUAACACUACCGACUUUGUGUUGGCGAAUUGGUGAGUCGGACCAACUUCCCAAUUCGGUAACUCCGAGUUGGCGAAA